AUGGAUACUUCCAACGUAGUCAUGUCUCCGACAGCACAUCCAUCAAGCGUAGAGAUUGUACAGUGUGCAGACUGUAGCGCCGACGAUCCUCAGUGGGCUUCUAUCAAUCGUGGUGUCUUGAUUUGCACGGAUUGUUGUUCUGUUCAUAGAAAUCUAGGUGAGUUAACCUUAUUUAUGGGAACAUACGAUGUUGGAUCCAUCUUCAUCUUCAAAGUUCAGAAGGAAGCCGUUGCCAAAGUAAGAGUUUUAUCCAUUUCCAGUGAUCCAGUGCUUCCAACUAAAGAAGUCUUUAUCAAGGCUAAAUAUGUUGAUCAUUUGUUCAUUCGGAAGCCAAGUAAGGAUGGUGAACCGUGGAGCUCAGAUGAUGUUAAUAAACAGCUGUGGUCAUGUGUUCGGACGGCACAUGUCGACACCACAUUGAGACUUCUGGCAAUGGGAGCUGAUGUGAAUUACGUCGAUUCUGAAAAAGGGAAUAGUCCACUUCACGUUGCUGCAAAAGAAGGGCAAGCAAUGCAGGUUGAACUACUGCACAUCUAUGGUGCUGAUCCACUGCUCUGCAAUGCUGCUGAAUUAACUCCGGCUCAACUUGCUCAACAGGAGGGAUUUCAUCAGCAACAUUUCCUCAUACCUGAGCUCACUGCAAAGAACUCCGUUGAAACAUUGCGAUCAGUUCGGUUUAAAGUUCAAGCACUUCCGGACUUUGUUUUUGAGAAGCUUCUGCAAGAUGUAUACGACGAGGUUGAUCGUCGAGAAACCCAAGCCGCGUGGAUGGCCAUGAAUCAAGGAAAGAUCACUUCAGGAAAUGAACAUUGUGUAGCUGUUUUUUUACCAGUAGGAUAUAAUCGUGAAAUGAUUCAGCUGAAUCCUUCAUUCUCAGCAACGAGAAAUCAGUUACGGCAAAAACUUGCAAAGUUCGACGUUCGGGAAUUUGCGACUCUCAUAAUUGAUGUACUUAAGGAAGCAAAGCGGCGACACUUCGGCCGUCCUCCGGAUGAUGUACAAGAGACUGCGGACACUUCUAGCAACUUACCCAACUUGUCCAGCAACACAAGAAUGGACAGCAGUGAACCGAAUAGAGAUUAUGACGAAGUAGCUGACUUUCCUAGUAGAACUUGUGAGGUUAAUAACAGCGGUACAACAAGGAGAUCUUUUGGUAAUAAGACACGGUCGACAUCCUCUAUAGAUGUAAUGAUUGAUGGACGUGUAUGCAUUGAUGAUGUUUUGGAGUUGAAGGAACGAAUGACGGAGAACGAAAAUAAACUGAAUUCAAUUUCACAUGCGAAUAUACAAAUCAUGAAGAUUCUUACAAAUCUCCAAAAUUCUAUGGAACAUAUGAAAGUUGAGAACACCUGUUUGAAAGACGAGAUUAUGCGUUUAACGGAGCAAACUACGUUGAUGAGAAGGCUUUUAUCACCGGGAACGACAUCCCACAUCUCUACCAAUCACAUGGUUGAACGAGCACAUUCUGUUGGAGUCGAACGUGGAGACCGAAUUGGUCGACCACCUAUAGAAUCGGAAUCCCGAAUGAUUAAACGACAUGGAAGUAUCGGUGGUACGACCUCGGGUUAUUCUCGAAUGGUUCCUACCGUGAGAAUGGGAACAGAUAAUCAUAGAGACAAUGAUGAAACUCGUGACAACCCGCGGGACAAAUUGCGCCCUCGUGAUAGUUCGCGUGAGAAACUGCGUCCUCGUGAUCGGAAUCCUGAUGCGAAUGAAUAUGCUACCAUCACAGCUGCCCCUCAAUUCGUCGCAUCUAAAGUUCAGGAAGCUUUCAGCGAACCGGUGUUCCCUGACAACUUUAUUCGCCAAACGGAAAAUCUCACAGUAGCCAUCCGGUCACUCCUCACAGAUGCACAGCAUAAUCAGCUUCAUGGACGUUCUAGUCACUAUGCUCAUAAAAUAGCAUCACUCGUCGACCAAAUUAUUUACGUGAUUCCGCGUAAAGAGCGGGUAGGAAAAACCGAGGAAGCUAUAUCAGCGCUCAUGGAGGCAACUAUGGUAAGAGUUUAG